AUGAGUGUGACUAGUAAGGCGAAUAUGAUUACAAGGUCAAGGAAAGGGUGCUUAAGUUGCAAGAAAUUGAAAAUUAAGUGCAAUGAAGCUAAACCAUCUUGUGAGUAUUGUGAAUCCACAAAGCGCCAAUGCCAAUACCCAGAUAUGGAAAUCAUGCAGACGAAUUUUGGGGUAGAUCUGAGGAGGACCCGAAGAAGAAGAAACGAUGAUAAGAAUUUGAUGAGGGAGAUGAGGCUCAAUGCUACUACAAAGUUAUUACAGAUUAACCUAUUGGAAUUACAAUUGCUUAAAUUCUUCCACGAACAAUGUACACAGUUUUUUAGUUUUUGUGGGGUGGACAAAAAUAUUGAAUACGUAUGGAGUCAUUCUGUUCCGACAAUUUUUUCGCAAUCUCUGUUGGUAAGGAAUGCCAUAUAUCUGUUUUCUGCUUUAACCUUGUGGCCAUUUUACAACAUAGAUGAGUCAUUGUGCCUAGAUAAAAUUUCAAAGUUGCUAAAGUAUGACGAAGCGGUUUUGCUGGGGCAAAACGGAAUUGCUUCGGGAAUUAUAAAUAAGGGUAUAUCAGUGGAUGUGACGGAUUCGUUGACUCAGGCUAGUUUAUUUGAGGUAACCACUGAGUAUUUUAUUUCCACCUUAAGAGAGAAUCAACUAGCAAUUACUAGACAUUAUGAGGGUCCGGAUAUAGAACUUCGAACAUUUGGAAGUAUCAAUGAAGCUGCGGAAUUAACGAUUACUAGUAUUUUAAUAUUCUCCUAUAUGUGCCUUCAUCCUGAUGGAGUUCUUCCCAUAGUAGUAUUCAAUGAUGACACCCAAGUUGAUUUCAUAUCUUUGAGUAAAAACAUUGGUAGUAUUAUGGCGUCCGCAAGAGGAACCCUUGUGGAUACUAAAUUUGGAGGGCUAUUUGCCAGACACUCAAAAUAUAGAAAUACAAACGUUCCUAGAGACAGGUAUCGUAUAACAAGAAUUUUAUUCGAUAAGUUAGACGAAUAUUUUUAUGAUGUUAGUCAUACAGUGGAGAUUGAUCUGAUUUCAGCAUUGGAAUAUGAGACAUUAAAAGUAACUAUUGAUGCAUUAAAUAAUUGUUUAUACCAAGCGGACGUCUGUAACUUCCCUAUUGCAAUGUUCUCCUGGAUUUUAUUUGUCCUGGAUCAAUACUAUGGUUUGGUGAAAAAUAAGCAACCUUUUGCUACUAAAAUAUUGUUUGUUUACGCUUGUUUGAAUCUUAUAUUUGAUUUUGCAUUUAUUAGGAGCAGGAGUAGCUUCACAAAAUUUGCACACUGGUACAAAGAACACAUGGACCCUGAUGAAUUUGACCAAAACUUGUACCAUGUUGCUAUUGAUCAUGAACAUCAAUUUACAGUUGACAAUUUCUCAACCAUCAGGGAUUUUGACCCUGUAUCGUUCUCUGAUAACUUGGAUAACGUUUUAAAUAAAGAUGAUAUUUAUGAAUGGCUAUAA